AAAAACAACGAAAGGAUAAUUUUGUCUAUUCAACAGUCAUCCGCUAGUGAGUAGUGACUAGGGUUUGCAUCUCCGCGUCACGGACAAUUCUGCUCUCUCUCUGGUUGCGCGGCCAUCGCAGUUUCAGUCUUUGAGGUGAUUGAGCUUGGAGCUUUUGGUUAGUAAAUUAAUCAGCCAAGAUGCAGAACGAAGAGGGUCAAAACAUGGAUCUUUACAUUCCCAGGAAAUGUUCUGCCACCAAUCGGCUUAUCACUUCGAAGGAUCAUGCUUCUGUCCAGAUCAAUGUUGGCCAUUUGGGUCCUGAUGGCGUUUACACUGGUCAAUUCAGUACUUUUGCUCUCUGUGGUUUCAUCCGAGCUCAGGGCGAUGCUGAUGGUGCCCUCGAUAGGCUUUGGCAAAAGAAGAAAGCCGAAAUUAAACAAUGACAUGUUAACUGAACUUCCUGAAGCAAUCCAUUCGAUUCGUGCUAGCAGGCAAAAUGGAGCCAUUUUUUUCUUAGUUUUUGUUUUCAUAAAUUUCUCUGUUAGACAUUAAAAAUCCAGAUCUUAGCUUUGUGUUUGGUUGAACUAUGUUACAUUUUGGGUUGUGGAAGUUUGAACCUUUGCUAUUUGCCAUGCGACUGGUUUUGUUCUUUGCCAACGUGUAACAUUCAGAUUUCAGAAUUUCCGGUGAAAAUUGAACAGAAUUUCUGAGA